AACAAAUCUAAAGUAUGUGUAACUACAAGACUGGCAGAACACCUUUAAACCGUACGAAAUCAUGUACGACGAAGUUGGUUAACAACACAUAAUUUCUCUCUUUAUUAAAAAUAUGAUGUACCCGAUCAACAAAAAUGAUUCAAACGCUAAAAUCUCCUGUAUCUACGACACUCCCUGUGAUCCAAAAGAUACCGAUUACGAAAAACUCUUUUGUCCCAAUAACGAACUCUCCGAGCCCCCAAAAACCAGAUCCGACAGGCUGAAAACGGGCUCCAGUUGCCAGGCACUCAAACAUGCCUGCAAGACGCUCCACAGGAUCGACGAUUUUCACAAGGAGAAAAUCGGGGCCGGGUUUUUUUCAGAAGUUUUUAAGGUGACGCACCGUGUGACCGGUCAAGUGAUGGUCCUGAAGAUGAACCUGUUGCCGUCGAACCGUCGCAACAUGCUGAAGGAGGUGCAGCUGAUGAACCGGCUGUCGCACCCGAACAUACUCGGGCUGAUGGGCGUGUGCGUGCACGAGGGUCAGCUGCACGCGCUCACCGAGUACAUUGACGGCGGGUCGCUCGACCAGGUCGUGCAGAAUCGGCAGAUCGAUCUGCCGCAGCAGACGCGCAUGUCCAUCGCACGGGACAUCUCUCGAGGCUGCGCCUACCUGCACUCCAAACGGGUCUUCCACAGGGACUUGACCAGCAAGAAUGUCCUGAUAAAGACCUUGCCGGGAAUGGUGGCCGUUGUCGGGGAUUUCGGACUGUCGACUUCGAUUCCCGAUCCGCUGACGAAGCCUCGCCUCUGCACGGUGGGCAGCCCGUACUGGAUGUCGCCGGAGUGCCUCAAGGGCCAGUACUACGACGAGAGCAGCGACGUGUUCAGCUACGGCAUCGUGCUGUGCGAGCUGAUAGCGCGCGUCGAAGCUGAUCCGGAUCAGCUGCCCAGAACCGACAACUUCGGACUCGACUAUUUGGCCUUUAGCGAGCUGUGCGGCCAGAAUGUUGUACCUGAUUUUUUGACUUUGGCUUUUAGAUGUUGUGCAAUAGAACCGAAGAGCAGGCCGACCUUUCCCGAGAUCUCGACGCGGUUGGACGAGAUCGUCGGCGAUCUGCGGAACGCGGCCGAAAAAGAGGCGAGCAGGUCGGCCAGCGUUGCCGCGCGCAGCGAAGAGCAGUUGCCGGUUUUGUCGGUGCAGUCCUCCCUACCGCAACACCGCAAAAUCGUCCACCGACGGUCCCUAUCGGAGGACGUGUCGAUGCUGGCGAUCUCGAUGUACGCGACGCCCAGCGACAAAGCGCGCCGGCACGCGCUGAUAAUGUGCCGGCAGGACCCGCACUACAAACCGCGCACCUCCAACCCCUUCGCCGCGCUCACCCGCUUCCGCGGCGUCAAAAAGUUCCUCGGCAACUUCUCCUCCUGCUUCGAACUGCCCUCCUGCGAUCCGACGAACGACUCCCCCAAGUCCCUCCCCGGCUCCCCCACCGCCUCCAGAAAGUCCACCGCGAACCUGAGCGAAUGCGACACCCCCGCUACGGCGUUGAGGCGCCGCGGCUCGUGCGAGUCGGGUUUUUACUCGUCGGUGGGGGAGUGCCUCUCCCCUAACUCGCUGUGGGGGGAUUCCGGCACCGCCGUCAGUUCCUUGAGAUCCCUGGACGAGUUGGACCAACUGUGCAAACGCGCCUCGUCCAUCUACACGGACUCGAGCGAGGACAUCUCGAGCCUCGCCGGGUCGGACUGGACGGGGCAGGAGCUGCAGCCGAACAUCUCCUCCAUCGUGGAGUACUUCGAGCGCAAGGGGGCCACGCUGCGGCAUCCAGGGGGCGUCAGGGGCGGCCUGCAGCUCAGCUCGAGGAUCGCGGCGCUGCGCAGGUCCUUGGAGAAGCAGAACUACGGCGGCGCGCCCGCCUCCCCCAACGGACACCCCUCGUCCGCGCAGAAGCCCAAGUGCUCGCGGCUGGUGGUGUGCGAGGGCGCGGUCAGGUCCAAGCUGCCCCUCUUCGACAAGAAAUAGCUCAGUCUUCCGCGAUAAACUUUUGAAUUGGAAUUUUGUCAAUGUUACUGCAUUAACUAACGUUCAAAACGUUCGACGUCCGUUCUUUGCCAAAUUUACUUUUUUUACUCGGCCAACGUUUAAACAAUUGUUUUUAACCUCAAUAUAAUUUUUACAACCUUUACCGCUCUAAAAAAAUUUUAAACGAUUUUUUCAUAAAUUCGACCGUUUGUUAUGAAACGCCAUUUGUAUCAAAAUAAACUUGUUUUGCUUUAUAAUUAAUAUGAAUUAUUUACUAAAUUAUUUUUUAUCAAAAUAUUUCUUUAUCAAAUUAUAUUCUAUGAGAAUGAAAAAUUAUUGAUGCAGCUUCUAUAUCAAGUUGAGAAGAGGUGGGAAAAAUUGAUCCUACACCAAAUCAAUUUUUGAUUUUAAUAUAAUUUGUUUGAUUUCAAAAUGCCCAAUGACUAGAUUGCCCAGGUUGAAGCUGCAUUAGGCUGGUUCAAAAAAUCAACUAUUUUUUUUCCUGAAUUUUCGCACUGAAAUAUCUUCACGGUACUAAAAAAAGACUCCUGUGAAAACCGGAGCUCUUAAUUUUAAUAUUUAGAGGUCGCGCAUCUAUAAUUUUUAUUUUCCAUUUAAAUAACAUGAGAAAUUUUGUUUUGUUUCUUUAUAAUUUUCUAGCUUACAAACUAAUUAACAGAUUUGUAUGCGCAAUACAUAUUCGUGUGGAAAAUUGAACGCUCUACAAAAAAUGUAAUAUCAUUUUUCGAUAAACCAACGAGUUCAAAGUCGGAGUUAAAUUUAUGUCAUAAUUGCAUUUUUUACUUCAAUUUUAGGCAAAUUCAUAAGUUAGUUAUUAUCAAAUAUAAAAAAAAUCAUUCAAAAAUCAAAAUUACGAUGUUC